GCUGGGCCAGAAGAUGGCGGCGGCCGCGGAGCUGAGGCUGCUGGAGAAGAGCCUGGGACUGAAGCCGGGGAAUAAGUACAGUGCCCAGGGCGAGCGACAGAUUCCAGUUCUACAAACAAACAAUGGCCCAAGUCUAAUGGGAUUGAGUACCAUCGCGAGCCAUCUAGUCAAGCAAGCCAAUAAGGAGCACUUGCUGGGGAGCACUGCAGAAGAAAAGGCAAUAGUUCAGCAGUGGUUAGAGUUCAGGGUCACUCGAAUAGAUGGACACUCCAGUAAAGAAGACACCCAGACUCUGCUGAAGGAUCUUAAUUCCUAUCUAGAAGAUAAAGUCUACCUUGCAGGACAUAACAUCACCCUGGCGGACAUCCUGCUGUACUACGGCCUCCACCGCUUCAUAGUUGACCUGACAGUUCAAGAAAAGGAGAAAUAUCUUAAUGUGUCUCGCUGGUUUUGUCACAUUCAACAUUANCCAGACAUCAGGCAACAUCUGUCCAGUGUUGUCUUCAUCAAGAACAGACUCUAUGCUAACUCCCACUAGAAGCCCCUGCCGUGCAGCAGCCAGAAGUGUAAUGGAAAAUGUAUCUUGGACAAUGGUACUACUGUAAAUUAAUAUGGCGUCAUUGUUUCUUUGUUAAUGUUGGUAGAAUUUUUAAAGUGUAAGCUCAAGUCUAAAUGUUUUAUUUGUCCCUUAGUUGAGGCUUUGUAAUUUUUUAAUGUAAAAAUUCAGCUGUUAUCCAAGCAAAUCACGAUCAAAUUACAAAUCUUGUUUUUAUGGGCAAAGUUGAUUUUGGUAACAGUUGCAAACCAGUGGCUCAACUUUAAAAAAAAAAAAAAAGUCCCUGUUGGUGUCACAUCUGGCUGUUUACUUUUUUCAUGUUUUUAAGAUUCAUUUUUCUCUUAGAUAUUUAUUGUAGUUUAUUUACUAAAACCUAUGACAAAUUAUGUUGAGGAAUCAGAAAGGGAAGAUAGAUAUAUUUGUUCUCAAAAUAUUUAUGUGGGCUAGUAAAUGUGAUUUUAAAAAUCAACUUUUGUUUGUUAUAUUUCUUGUAGUCAGCGUCUACCAAGGUGAAUCGAAUCGCUAAGUGUCCCACCCCCACCGCCAGGGAGUUAAAUGCAUUCCUCUUAAGCUAAUGCCGCCUUUCUCUUGUUGGGCAUAUUGAAAGAUGUAGUGACAUAAGAAACUGGGCUUCAUUCAUCGUCUCACCUCAACCAAAAGGCAGCAAGCACUAAAAGAGUCUGCCGAUGCAGUACCAAGAGGAACUGGGACACUGUUAACCAUGGCUCUGUUCGUGCUGUAACUCUCACUGGUUUCAUACUGACAGGCUAUUGAGAGUUAGAGAGCUCAUCUUCCUAAAUAAGAGAGGAGGACUCAGGUAUAUCAUGGCCGUUAUGUGUUUGUAACCAAGCCAUAGUAUGGCUAAGUAAGAAAAGACUACUUCAAGGCCAGCCUAGCCUACACAGGGAAACCUGGAUAUGAGAAAACAAGGAAGGGCCGGCGUGUAACUCAACCAUAGAGUGCCUAGCACACACUAGGUCCUGUGUUCAGUCCCCAGCACUGGGAGAGGCGGAGAAGGGAGAGUGUCCUAGGUGAUAUGAUUCAAAGUUCCAGGGAAAGAACAAGAUUUGGAAAUAUUCAGCUCUUGGGAUGAGUCCUCUUUUUAUCAUUAAGCUCCUGAGUUUUGAGCACGGCAAAAAGCCUCACUUGUAAACAUGACUGCGGUAAGUCAAAAUGAGAAGAGCGCCUUCACCCGGCUAAGCUGAUGGAGCUGAUGAGAUCCCUCCCAGGAGCCACUGGUCUUGUUUCACUUUUGAUGGUAAUCAUACAAACUAUCUGUUGGUCCUACCCGCCUGCCAUCCUUGAGAUGCCAGCCUGAUCAUCACGUGAAUCCUCUGGCAUAAGACAAAAGGCAGCAAACAUCUAAUUAUGGGAAAAAAUGAAUUCAGGUCACCACCUUUAUGCUCCAGUCCUUGUUUCCUUCAAGAUGUUGAACAAGAGACACGUCGUUGUGCUUACUUUGCUUCUGAGACAUCUGUGAGAUGCUUGGAAAACUGACCACUCAGAUGUCUGCUGUUUUGAGAAAUGGAUGCCUCUUUCCUACCAUUUUUGCCUCUAAUGCCCCCAGAUCCGUUUGCUGACUGCUGAGUGUGUUUAACACUUGCCAUGGAUAGGGUUCACAAUCUGGGCACAACAUACAACACACUCUUGGCUUCAGAGACUAGAACAGUUUGGGACCAGGCCCCUGGGGACAACGUGUUCUUUUGGGGGCUUUCUGGCCCCACCAUUCUCUGGAAGUAAAUACUAAGUAUUAAGUAGAACCACCUACUGUGUUCUGGGCCCUGUACUGGGAACUUCAUAUUAACUCAUACUCUGCCAUAUGCUAAACAACACCUCAAACGGAAAUGUAAUAAAUGAGAAUUGUAUGGUUGGUGACAACCUGUUCACUGAUUGUCCUGCCCUGAUGUGUUUUACACCUCCAUUCCACACGCAAACUUAACGGGAAAGCUUUGUACUUGGGUCAGGAGCCCAUGACUUUUAUUCAGUCAUUAGAACAAAUACUAGUUUAAAAUAAGGAAGCGAUACCAAAAAAGGCCAUUUGUUCAUAGGCAUAAUUGCAGGAAAUCAUUCACUAUAAGCUGACUUCCCUGCUGAACACACCUCCUCCAGUUAAUGGAUUAUUUCAGUAAGGUUUUGACAGACAGCUGUCUCCCACCCUCUAUCUGCAGGCAGAUAAAUGCUAAG